AUGCCGCAUGUCAUUGUCGUGGGCGCUGGUUUCUACGGGCUCAUUGCCGCAAAAACGUACCUGCAGGUCGCGGGUGGAUAUAAAAAGAUCGAAAAGCCAGACCAGGAACAUCAAGAGGAUGAUCUCUUGAUUCUUGACUCUGCGUCUGAUAUUGGAGGGACUUGGUCGCGCGACAGGCUGUACCCUAACCUCCUGAGCCAGAACUCUUACGGUAACUACGAGUUCAGCGAUCUACCUCUGAACACGGCCAUUCCAGAUAAUUCUAAACAAGAAGGUUAUUCCAAUUUUAUUCCUGGAUGGAAGAUCAAUCGGUAUCUGCAUGUCUGGACUGAGAAGUGGGAUCUGAGGCGGCGGAUUCGGUUGAAUUGGAAGGUUACUCGUGUUUCUCGGCUGCCCACGAAGGAAUGGGCAUUGGACAUUGUCGACCUGACAGAGUCAUCAUCUACGCCAUUUACUGUUACGUGUGACAAACUUAUCCUUGCUACUGGAGUUACCUCUGAGCCCAAUGUCCCCGACAUCGCGCAUACCGGAGACCGCCCUGUCCCCGCCGUUCACGCCAGAGACGUUGGGAAAUAUUGUCGCGAAAACUUCGGCUACCAACCAAUCCCAGAAGUGAAAGAAGAUCUCAAGAAAGAAACGCAGUCGCCAUCGUUCCCUAAAUCAGUCGCUGUGUACGGGGGUGCCAAAUCAGCCUUUGAUCUUGUUCAUCUUUUCGCCUCCCUCCACCGCAACAACUCAUCAUUUAAUAUCGAGACACGUCCUAACGAGCCAAUUCAGGUGCACUGGAUCAUCCGUGACGAUGGACACGGUCCAGCAUGGAUGGUCCGACCUACCACUCAAUUAGGAAAGACGCAGGUUCCAAGUGACCAGGCUGGUUGUACCAGGAUGGUGGCGGUGUUGAGUCCUUGA